CUCAUGCUCACGUCCUUUGGAUUGCACUCUCAUGCUCACAUGUCCUUUGGAUUGCACUCUCACGUUGCUGGAUGUUAAAAUGUGCCUGGAGGCACCAUGCAACUUUCAGUGAGGACAAGUCGUCCUCUUCCGUGGCUGGCAUGACGACUUUAAAUUCUUGGGCCAGCAGCACCAUUCUUUCGAGGACCAGGGAAUCCCUUCUGAUGUGGUCCGUCCUGGGGUGCGCAGACUUCGCCAGUGCCAUGAGCGGACUGUGGAAGGUGAGGGGCAUCUCGGCCUCCCCCCGCCUUCGUGUGGCGAACUUCUGGCGCUUGUUGGAUGGCGGUGCAAAAAUCGCCGCCACCUGUAAGAGGGCUUGAGGCAACAUCGACUUCUCUUCAGACGCGAUGGCAUCGACUGCUGCCAAGACGUUGUCGUCGAGUGCUGUGGGAAGCACCCACAGCGCUUCCGUCCAUCCCGCAAAAGCGCAGGCGGUGGCGAAGCAUCAUCGAAACGCCUCCCAGGAACCACCCGCAGCUGCAUAUUCCCUAAAGAAGGAAAGCCUCUUUUUCAGAGUGUAUUCUUGAAGCUUCAGCGCUUUCAGCGGGAGGUCUGUUUGGCGGGAAUCACGUCCCGCCCAUCCGGCAAAAUGGCGGCCACUUGCGCGGGCCACGCCUCUCUGUUUUCCCAUGCACGGGAAACAGCGGUGGCGGAGAUGUCUUGCCACUUCUCCGGUGCCCCGACAUCCUCUUCCUGCUUUAAAGCAGCGAGCAGAGCUGCCACGGUGGCCAGAAGGUCGUCAAUGCACGCAUUCCGCGAUCGGCACUCCCUCUCCGGCGGCGAUGGCGUGACAAGGUCCGGGAUUUUUCCCUGCUCCACCGGCAGAAGAUCUUUGUGCUCCAUCUCCGGGGCUGCAGCUCCCGGGGCUGUCUGUGGAAUCACCCCGUCGUCCUCCUCCUCGUCUGAAGACGACUUGGUGAGUUGUUUCCGUCUAGUUAACAUUAUUUUACGCUAGGCUAUCACCUAACUAUUAUGUUUCAUUUCUGACACCAGUUAUAAUGUUCUUCACGGAGGCACACACUUGACUUGGAGGCAACACAUUUAUUACACAGCUCCAACGGGGCUAACUACAUAAACGUACACACAUUAACUAGACUCCUACAGGGUAACUACAUAACUGGGUCAGUCAGUAACAUCCUGACUGAUCCACGAUGCCAAGCGGAAACCGAAAAUUGGAGAGACGUAGUGCCAAGGGUUGUUUCAGAGAACAGCCCAGAUCAGGGCUUGGGACUCGGCCUUUAUGGGCCGCAGCGUGGCCGGGCUCUGCCCUUGGCCACGCCCCUUUCCAGAUCCUUCUCGAAGACUCUGGUCCCUACAUCACAUGUCCCUCUCCCCUCCUUUUGCGCCCCCCUUGCCACCUCGUCCAGUCAUGUGCCCUCUCGGGGUAACCCAGACUGUCAUGUCCUUACUCGACCUCUCUCUGUCACCAGGACUAUGCCCCCUAGGGCCCGCUUCCAUGGCAUACCUCUGGUGCCCAAGAGAGGCCCUAGACACAUAGCUCCACUCCUGUGACGUUAGGUGACGCUAAACGCCAUAGUGACUCCAUUUACGUCACUACAUAUUUAUGUUUCCAAUUUUAUCUAAACAAGUAGACGAAUUUUGAUUUAAAGCUUUCGUGACUGCAGUAAUUCAUAUUCUUAGUUCUUUCGGUAAAGUAAUAUAUAUUUUAUUAUUUUGUUGUUUCCCUUCAACGUGACUUUACCGAAAGAACUAAGAAUAUGAAGUAGACGAAUAUCAGAUAAAAUAUUUCCUCUAUUCUGUUUUAUGGAAAAUAUAUCAUGAUUCCUGCUGUGAUGAAAAUUGUCAAGGUCAUGUGCAGAUAUCGACCCAAUACAUCUGUGAUAUGACAUCUGAUUGAGUAAUUAAAAUGUCGACAAUAUAUGAGAAUAUGGUAAUUAUUAACAUUCUUUUUCCGUAUAAAAGAGCCUGAAAAUUAGCAUGAGACCAGCAGUGUCUACGGAAUUAGCAAUGGCUCUCUUCUGGCUCAUUUCGUGUUUUGCCUUCAUCGGCGUCACCUUCGGUGAGUGACAAUGGCGAUGUAUAUGCUGUUCUUUCAUGGCUUUAUUCUUCAUGCUAAAAAAGCUGGCAGCUCAUCACAUUGUAGACCUACUCUGCUACAUGUUCUUUGAACAGAACUCUCCAAUUUUUACCUGUAGCACACCACAGGAAGGGGAGUAGCGUCAAGCGUGCAAUGUAUGAAAAAAAACAAGGGGGAAGAGAAUAAAAAAAUGUAGAGGAAAAAGAUGAAAAAGGUAUAGAAAAAUUAUGCCAAAUUGUCAGCAAAGCUGAUAAGAAGAAAGAGGUUACAUUAGGGCCUCAAUUCGGCUACAAGGAGCAGUAUCUGUUUUCACAGGGGGUGGUGGGGGAGAGGGAAUCUAGAGUGAGGGAAACCAGAUAUAAAUUACGUGAUUUACAGUAAGUUUGAGCUGAUAUGGAUAUCUAAAGCUAGAGAUAAGUCUCUUAAUCAUAGAAGUCUUAAAUAAUUGUAUAUGUACAGGGUGUGGUGUCCCGGCCAUCAAGCCAGUCAUCACCGGCUACUCCCGCAUCGUCAAAGGCGAGGAAGCGAUGCCGGGCUCCUGGCCCUGGCAGGUGUCCCUGCAGAACAACACUGGUUUCCACUUCUGCGGCGGCUCCCUCAUUGACCCUUACUGGGUUGUGACAGCUGCUCAUUGCAAAAUCAGCCCCUCGGAGCACCGUGUCAUCUUGGGUGAGCAUGACCGAAGCUCCAGCUCCGAGAAGGUCCAGACAAUGACCAUCGCCAAGGUCAUCAACCACCCCCAGUGGGACGAUGUAAGCUUCAACAAUGACGUUGCGCUCAUCAAGCUGCCCCAGCCUGCUCAGAUGACCGAUGGCGUCUCAGCCGUCUGUCUCUCCUCCACCUCUGACAACGUCCCCGCUGGCCUGAACUGUGUCACGUCUGGUUGGGGCAUUACCAACAAUUUUGACUCCGACACACCCCCAAGGCUGCAACAGACCGCUCUGGCAAUUGUGGCAACGCCCACCUGCCAGCAGCUGUUCGCCAGCAUGAACAAAAUCACCGACGUCAUGAUCUGUGCUGGUGGUGCUGGAGCUUCUUCGUGCAGGUGUGACUCUGGCGGCCCCCUGGUGUGCGAGAAGAACGGCGCAUGGAACCUCGUGGGGAUCGUGUCGUGGGGCAGUAGCUCGUGCUCCACCAGCAUGCCGGUCGUGUACACACGCGUCACCGCCAUACGCAGUUGGAUCGACCAGACCAUUGCCGCCAACUAGGAAUUAUAUGAAGCAGUGCUCUUCUUUGAAGCGUUACAUCUUCAAUUUAAAACAUCUCUAUAAUUACCUUGACUUCACAUGAUACGGAUAGACACAUAGUGCAUCCAGAAACACAUGUACAAAUGUUGACUGUGUUCAUUGUUUUAUUUUAAGCUUUCGUGACUGCAGGGAUUAAUAUUCUUGGUUUUUUCGGUAAAGUCACGAAAGAACCAAGAAUGUGUUCAUUGUGUUGACUGUUAUUGACAAAUAAAUUGAGAAGUAAAACAUCUGCCUUUAGUUUGAAAUAAUUUGUGGUCCUGCAUCGAGAUGUUGAUAAAUUCCUUGCAUUUGUUGCAAGAGUUCACUCAAACGUCAACUUACUUCAAAUGAACACACGUGCUUACACAUUCACAUGUGCGUGACAUCUACACACUGCAGUGGCCCUUUCGAUUCCUCCCCCCUUAUUCAACCCCUCCCUCGGUUCCGCUCUGUGCCAUUUGGUGAGGGGAGGUGUCUCAUGGACAGGACGUGGAGAUUGACAGGAGGGGAGAUGCCCUGAUUUAGAUGGACAGAAGGGAAGGGCCCGAGAGAGACGGGCGUGAAGCCGCAUGGUGCGGAAGUACAGCACGGCUAUUUGGUGGCCUCAAAUUUAAAGUUACGAGGGAGGAACGAUGAAACAGGUGCCUCGUCAUCCACCCUCAUUGCGUGCUGCUGAGGCCGCGGGGUGAUGAUGUGUGCUCGGAGCGCGACACUGGCUGAAAGAGAGAAGAGAGAGCUGCAGACUUAUUGCCCUGGCCUGGCAAAAGUGCGGAGAGGAUGAUCUGCUGAGCUCGCAGGGGACGAUAAGCGAUGAAUGGGAGUGCAGAGAGGUUAGUUACAUGGAAUAAUGUUUUAAAGAUAUUUUGUAGACAGAAACACAAGCAGAUUAUUCAUGAAUAAUGCAGGUGUACACACAUGAGGCAUGCAUUGGGGCUAUAGCCAUUAAGUAGGUUUACAAAUUUUACUAUAGAGUUAAUGCGAUGGAGUUAUGAGUGAUAUUUUAAUCUUCAGGUAAUGUUU